AUGAGAAACAUCAAGCAACACCAGCGGAGCAACACCAGCAAAGCAACACCAAAGCAACAAAAGCGGAGCAACACCAGCGGAGCAACACCAGCGAAGCAACACCAGCGGAGCAACACCAGCAAAGCAACACCAAAGCAACAAAAGCGGAGCAACACCAGCGGAGUAACAUCAGCGGAGCAACAGCAAAGCAACACCAGCGGAGCAACACCAGCGGAGCAACAUCAGCCAAGCAACACCAACGCAACAAAAGCGGAGCAACAUCAGCGAAGCAACAUCAGCGGAGCAACACCAAAGCAAACACCAGCGCAAAAAAGCAACACUAGCGGAGCAACAUCAGCGAAGCAACACCAGCGAAGCAACACCAGCGGAGCGACAUCAUCGAAGCAACACCAGCGGAGCGACAUCAUCGAAGCAACACCAGCGGAGCGACAUCAUCGAAGCAACACCAGCGGAGCAACACCAGCGGAGCGACAUCAUCGAAGCAACACCAGCGGAGCGACAUCAUCGAAGCAAGACCAGCGAAGCAACACCAAAGCAACACCAGCGGAGCAACACCAGCGAGCAAACACCAGCGGAGCAACAUCAGCGGAGCAACACCAGCGAGCAACACAGCGAAGCAACACCAGCAGCAACACCAGCGGAGCAACAUCAGCGGAGCAACACCAGCGAAGCGGAGCAACACCAGCGAAGCAACAGAGCAACACCCAGCGAAGCAAACACCAGCGGAGCAACACCAGCAGCAAACACCAGCAAGCAACACCAGCGAAGCAACACCAGCAGCAACCAGCGAAGCAACACCAGCGCAACACCAGCGGCGGCCCGGACUACAGGUGUCCAGUCGAAGCCGUCGGGUUAGGCGGCGGAGUUUGA